AGCAACACAUCGCAACGGAGAGCGCUUGGGAUGGCGGGGGAGAGGAGCGGAGAGGACAUAGUUUCAGAGUACCUGGGCCAGAACCCGCAGCUGGCCGAGUGGGUCGACACAUUCAGGACCUACUGCGAGAGCAACAAGCAGUGGGUUGCUCGAAGAGAGUUCAUCCUGAGGAACAUGGAGGCUUUCCCCACAGUGGAGCCGGGGGUCCCCAGCAGCAGUCUGGACCGGCUGCUGUCUCUGUCCAUGGUCUGGGCUAAUCACGUGUUCCUGGGCUGCAGCUAUCCACAGGCUGUGAUGGACAAGAUCAGUGAGAUGGGUGAGGGGAUAGUCGUCGAGGAUGUUCCUGUUCACAAAACGAUGAAAGAAAUCAUGGCCAGAGGAAAGCGGAGCGCCACAGCUGAGAGCGACGCUGACAGCUGUGCGAAAAGAGCCAAACUUGGGCCUAAUGAGCUCGACGGUCGACCCGCUGGGAGGACGAAUGCUCGGCCUGUGACUCAGAAGUCAGGACCUCUUCCUCAGGCUCCAGCAGAGCACCAGCCCUUCUUCAAUCGCCUCUACAAGGCCGUGGCGUGGAAGCUGGUGUCGGCGGGCGGCUUUGGCCCCAACUUGGACCAUUUUGAAAUCCUGCGGAGCUGCGUGGAGUCGUGUAAGCAAACCCUGACCUGCGUGUUUGUGCCGCUGAAGGACAUCACAGGCCUCCCGGCAGGUCGCACACAGAAGGAAGGCCAUGUGUGCGAAAUCCGCUGUCAGACUGUCUACUUGGGCACCGGGUACGGCCGCGACGAGUCCGCCGCCAAAGCCAUGGCUUCCAAAGAGGCCCUCAAAGUCUUUCAGGGGCGAAAAGUGACUGUAAAGAUCUGCAGGCGGAGGUACAAAGGGAAAGACGUGGAGGAUUUGAUGCUGUUGGACGAGCAGCCUCGAAGUCAGGGCUUUCCUCCGGCGCUCAGCUACCCUUUUCAGGACGAGCAGCUGGAAGACGGAUCCUCGUAGAGAAGCUGGACCGCUGCAGCUUCAACAAGCGGUUGAUCAGAGCUACUGAAGGCGUUCGCGACUGUCGGGACCAGACUGUUAUGCAGUUGACCAUCAAACCUGAGAUUCUUUAAGUAACAUAGAGCAUUAACUGUCAUGAUACAUUUACCCACAGUAGUCCGGUAUCCUUCGAUCUGUGCUAGAUCACCACAACAGGAGAGCAUAGUCGUUAAAUCUGCAAAAAAAAAAAAGAACUGACUUACACUGUUUGUUUCAACCACUUUUAGUUUGACAGAGUUUUAUAGACUUUAAAGUGUGGAGUCGGAGCAUGUGCCAUCGUUUAUAACAGCUCUACUGCCAGGAAGCAAAACUAAACAUAACGGAUGAUAAAAAGCCACCUUGGAGGACAUAUUGCAUUAUUUUGAUGUGAGUAUUUAUCCCAGCAAAUUAAAAAAAUGUGUUUCGGCGGUUUCCUCAUAUUAGGAGUAGCGUAGAGAUAGUUUUGCUCUUUCCUGUGAGACAGUUUUCUCCUGUUUUAUGUCAUUUUGUCCACACAAGCAGAUACUUUUGUUUUAGAUUCCAGCUGACAACUUACAAGGUAAACGAGUCAUGAAUAACUUGUUUUUUACAGUUUUGAUAACCCGUCUCGCAGCCAGGGUGCAGUCAGAACUAAGACAGGAACUUUUUCCUAGGCUCGACUUUAGUGUUUAUACCAGCUGGGAACAGAAAAACAGCAGAUUAUAAAGCCUCCAUACAGAUUUUUAUUUUGUUAUGGAAUUUAUUUCCAACCAUUAAUAUCAUAUUUUUCGCCCUAUUGUUCCCAUUAACCCUUCAAAUUUUAGGGUUGUUUCUCGUCGAAGGUUGUAACUGCAUUCCCUGAUUACCUGCACUUUAGUUGUUUUAGAGCAGGACUGGAUCUCGCUGAAGUUAUUUGGUGCCACUCAAGUUUGAUUGUGUUGUUUUAUGAUUAAUUAGUCAGAAAAAAAAUAACCUGAAGUGUCUCUAAGUUUAAAUAAACUUCUCCAAACACGGUGAACAUGAUGACAGCCGGCAUGACAACACAGAGGUUCUGCAAUCAGAGUAAAACUACAAGGAAUGAAGGUUUUUUUUCUAUUAUGAGUUGAUUCAGAGAGAAGCUGGCCGACUACAGUAAUCGUUGUACUGUACACAGAAGAACUAAAUGCUACUGCUUUUUCUAUUUCAUGAUAUAAUUUGACUGAUUUAAAAAGAAAACACUGAGACCCACACUUUGUUUAAAUACUGGGGGGAUCAUAUGAACUGAUUGAUUCAGUGUGUACAGUUCUGAUGUGUUUGAGGGUAAAGUGCUGCUGUGAAGUGUGAUUUGUGUUUCUUCUCUUGUUUUCUUUUUCCAAUCUGGGUUGAAGUUGCAUUAAAGUGUGAGUAACUACGCUGUUCCAUGUUACGUUUACACCAGUGGUCCUGUUUCUAUAUAUUUUUAAAUAAACUGAAUUUAACCAA